GGGACUUGUCUAUCACCUCCCUGGGGGUCUUGCGAGUGGAGGGAGGGGGCUAUCAUGAGUGAGACUGCUUAACUUGGAGGGCAAGGGGUCGAAAGUUUGGGCACCGCAGGCACAGAGUUGGAAACCCAUUGGAAAUCCUGCAGUUGAGUAAUCGCCUAAAGGAUUCAGCGGUCAUUGUUUUCCCUUAGAUCCCGAAGAACUGGGGGACCUGAAUCUGAGCGUGAAAAGCUGAGGCCAAAUCUUCCAAAAGGCAACAGGGGUAGCUGCUAAUGCAAUAUGAUCCUCAGGGACUUGCUCUAAAAAUACCAUCCAGCCAGGAGUACAGGCGCAAGCUACAUUCGCCUAAUUGGAGAAAGAUUAAACAUUUUGUUUUCAGCUUCUCUAAUAGGACAUCUCAAGGAUGUGAGAAACCUAUUCCAAAACAUUUAUGAUGCAGAAAACCUGUGGGAAAUUUCUUUCUUUUUACAUUUCUACUUGCCUGAAGGCCUUUCAGAAGGUCUUCUGUUAUUGCACGUAGAGUUUUCCACUUUUCUAAGAAGUCAUAUUAUAAGUAAGUAUUGCAUUUAACUGGUGUUGAUAACCUGGAGUGUACUCUUGCAUUUGAAGAUGUCUGCUUGAAUGUUUGGAAUAUGUUUACCAUAUCAAAACUUUAAAUUAUGAAAAGCUAUUUUAUUUUGUGCAUUAGAGAUACUUGAUGUAAUUUGAAGCUUCAGUCAGUUUAGUAACGUGUAGCAGUCCGUAAAGAAGCUCUCCACUGGAUCAUGAGGAAAGCUGAGGUUCAGAUGACCCUGAAGAAGUGUGCCGAUGAAGAAGCAGGAAGAAUGGCUCCUCCAAGUCCCAGGAUACCAUCAAAACGGGCAAAAGUUAGUUCCGAUCAGGUCGUACCAGACCCUGCUGCUUCUGUCUACCCAACCCCAACUCCUCCAGUGUUCAUCCGGAAGAUGAGGAACGCUGCGGUAGGUACCGGCUGUGAUAUCCGCCUGAAAGUGGCUGUGGCUGGAGACCCACAACCUACCCUCUUCUGGUACCAUAAUGAUGACCUGCUCAACAUGGAUAACCAGGAAUACGGAGGCCUGUGGAUCAGGGACUGCAAACCUAGUGAUGCUGGCCUCUAUACCUGCAUCGCCACCAACCAUCUCGGAGAGGCCAGAAGCAGUGCUGUCCUUGCCGUUUUGGAUUUGGGUGAAGACUCUGAGACUACAGAAGACGAAGCCGCUGAGCCACAAAUACCCCUGGAAGCUAAAGAAGGAGCCAGAGGUUUUCAGGAUGAGGCAGGUGAGAGAAUGAUGGAUGUUGCCCCAGAUGCGAGCGAUCGCUGGGCCGCCGGAGAGACCACAGUGUUGGAGAAAGAAGCUCUAGCCCUGGGAUCAAGAGCUCCGGGGCCGCAGUCAGCAAGGCAAGCCAACAGCCGGGAGCCGACGGGCACCCAGAUCAGGCACCUAGGGGUCGAGCCUCUGAUUCGAGCAUCACGCGCCAAUCUAUCCCGACCGGUUUGGGGGUCCGAGGAAAGUGUGUCUUUAGCUAGCGAUUACUAUGGUAGUACGUUCAGUCUUUAUAGAGGAAGGACUUUUUCUGUACCCCUGUAAGUAAACCUUCCCAAGCUAAAAUAAACCGCAAUCAGCCACAGCCCACAAUAAGCAAACCAAAACACAGAUAUAUUAAAAGAUCCUUCAUUAAAAGAUAAACAACCACAGCCCCCGUCAGAGUCACAAGAGACCCUUGCUCUAACAUGGUGUCCCCUGUAAGUGCUAAGGAUGGGAGGAGGCUGAGAACAAGAGCCAGGCUGUAAUUCCUGCUCUGUCUCUCUCGGCAUCUGAGACGUGUGUUGUGGUGGCCCCACGAGGCAGCUUACAUCACCACAGGAAUGACAGAAGAUACAGUGAGUGGGCUCUCUGCGUUUGGAUGAGGUUCAGCUCAGCCCACAGAGUGUAGAUCUGUGUGAGCUGCCAAAAGCCUUACAGUUAUACGUGACUCAUUCGCAAGUGGCGGCGCAGCAAAAGUUGUCUUUUUUUGUAAUAUACAUGUAUUAUUUCAUUUUUGGAGAGCUGUACUAAAAAGGCACUGAAGAACUUUAGUUGAUGCUCAUAUUAAUUUCACAUGGUCAUUGAUAGAACUUUUACAUUAUGUCAAUCUAAGUGAUUUGAUUUCAUGCUCAAGUGAAUUUUUUUCCUGUGGUGAUAAUGUGGUGAGAGUCUAAAAUUCACCAUAAAUAUUCCUUAAAAUAUUCUAGAUUUAUUGAUGAAAAAGUAUUUUUUGCGUUAUUUUUAUUACAAAACUAUUUAACUUUUUCUUUGCUUAUUAGUGAUAAAAAAAGAUAGUUUUUUACUUCAGAUGGGUCUCUGUCUUGAUGUGGGUCACAAAAACAUCUAGACUAUUCUCACAUUUUAAUUUCGGUGGCUUAAUCCAAGAAAUAUUUCACGUUCUGGAUAAAAAA